AUGAGACGCCAUCUUGGUUUGCUGUGGAAGCCAUUGAGAAAUAUUCACGCUUGAGUCGCUCUUAUUUUAGUAGGUUUAAAAAUGGCUACUUCUCUAGUAAAUCUCAAGAAGGACGUCGAAUGUUUCUUGUGUAAUGAUAGUCUUACUGAACCAAAGAUUCUUCCAUGUUUCCAUACCUUUUGUAGGCCUUGCAUAAAAAGACAUGCUGAGCUAAUCGAGGAAGUCAACGUCUUCAAGUGUCCUAAAUGUAAAUCACAAACUCCACUACCAGAACUGAACAGCGUGGAAGAUUUAAAAUCUAGUGUUCUACAUUCAAGAAUUUUGAAAAUUCUAGAAUUCAUAGAAGGAGAGAAGAUUUGUUCUGUUUCUGAGAGUCAUUCAACAGCGACGCAACAUUGUUUUGACUGUGAUCGCUCAUUGUGUGACGAAUGCCUGAAGUAUCAUUCCCUCUUGAUGAACAACCACAAGAUCAUGUCUCUUGGUCAAUCGGAAUCAAAGGAAAAAAUCAUUGAGCUAUUGUUAAGCAGAGAAAAGAAUUGUCUGUCUCACUUGGAGAAAACAUUGGAUCUUUACUGCAAUGAUUGUAAGCAAAAUAUCUGUUUGGAAUGCUGGAUGCAGGAUCACGAUGGGCAUUCAACCGUCUCACUAGGAAAACACCUGUCAACAAAGAAGGCAGUCCUCCUCAAACAUGUUGAACAGUUAAAGUUGCAAGAAAAACAAAUUCAAGAGCAAGUAAAAUUCAUGAAUGACGCAGCUUCUAAAAUCAAAGAAAGCUGCGACAAAGCGAAGGCGGAAGUAACAGAAACACUGGAAAGAACAAUCAAAGAAUUAGAGCAAAAUGCACAGCAGAUAUUAAGUAAACUCGACAAAGAAAUCGAAGACGCCAAGCUAAAGGAAAUCAAAGGUCAAAGUACCCUUGAGCAGGCUAGAGGAGCGAUUGACUACGCAAGUACUCUUCUGGAAAAAGGCUUUACAAGUGAGUUGAUUGGCGAGGGGGAUGAUGUAGGAAUCUAUGAUAAAUCUUUUGAAAUUCUAAACUUCGAUGGAGAUGAUAAUUUAGUUGUGUUUGAUCCAAGCAAAGAGUUGAUAAAGCAAGCAAGUUUAGGUCUUGGUUCAAUUCGAAAAGUUGAUCAAACGGAGCAAGAUCUCGGUCUGUUAAAUUUUUUAAGCAGCGUAAAAGUCGAAGCUAAAAAACCCGGGCAUCCUGAAGCUGCAAAGCCACAACAAAUGUCGGCCAAGAUAAAGCAAUUUGACUUGAAAGGAAUGUAUCGUUUCACUGGUAUAGCGGUAAAUAAAGAAAACACAAAGAUAACUUUUGCAGAUUCUUUAAACAACCGUGUUUUUGUGUUCGACAUGAUUGGAAACCUUUUAAUCAUUUUUUAUAGUCAUUUUUGUGAUCCUCAAGGGUUGGCAUUUCUAAAUAAAGAAGAUUUAGUCAUUGCAGAUUGUGAUAACCACAGAAUAUGCAUAGUGAACACUACAUCAGGAACUGUGCAGGGUACUAUCGGGAAAAGGGGCAAUAGAAAAACUGAGUUUAUAAAUCCAUGUCAUGUACAUGUUGAUUCUAAUUACAACAUCAUUGUCAGUGAUCUUGGAAAUAAUCGGGUUCAAGUCUUCAGUAAGGAAUGGAAGUUUCAGUAUCAGUUUGGUCAGGUGAAUAAUAUUCAUCCAUGUGGAACGAUUUCACACAAUGGACAAUAUUAUGUAAGUGAUUCUUAUAGCAACGUUGUUCAUGUAUUUGCAAUCAAUAAGUCGAAAGACCGGGGCUUUAAACCAGUAAGAAUAUCAGUGAUCAAUGGACAAGAUAGUACCGAAGGCGUGCUCCGUGAACCAUGUGGCCUGGCUAUCGACAGCGAAGAGAAUCUACUUGUCUGUGAUAGAGGAAAUAACCGCAUUCAAAAAUUUACAUUGGAUGGAUUAUCUUUAGGAUAUCUGGACUGCAGUGGAAUUUUUGAUGUAGCAGUUUUGAAAGAUGGUAGUGUUUUGGUUAGUUGCAAUCAGUUAGGAGUAUUCAUAAUUCAAGACAUGUGACCAUGAAAUAUAUUAAAAGCCUCGACUGGCGUCACUCAUCCAAAAGAACAUUUUAUCAGCUGAAAUGUAAUCUUUUCGUGUCAUUCCCAAGAGUAUCAUUUGUUUGUUUAACUAUUGCGCAUGACUACACACUACUUUGACAAUGUGAUGACGCCAUUUUAUCGUCCAUAAGAGGACAGACACAUAAAAGACUAAUGUCAGUUUGUUAAUUUUUGUUGUUGAAAACACAAGAAAACAUGAGCAAAUAGGGUAGAGUGCGCGCAGCAAGCGUGUGAAAAAAAAUAACACCAAAGAGUGCUCAUGUUGGGACGCGGGAAUUCUUUUUCUUAGUCCAUUUUCUCUUCUAUAGGUAGUACGUUGAAGAGCAGUAGUAUACGGAACAAUACCUUUGGCUUAAAAAAUCGAAAUUUUCCAGACUGAUAAAGAGAGAGAUAGAAAUAGAGAGAGCAAACAUUGUAAAAGAACCAUUUAGCGACAGAGAAAAAUAUGCUAAUAAUAGAAAAAAUGCCUAAUAUACGUCCUUACUUAUAAGACACGAUCUGAUCCAUUCUGAAGUGUGUCUUACAUAAUAUGUAUAAACGGUUGGUAUUUCAUUCGGGGACUUAUCUCGGUUUGUGUGGGCUCCCUGUGUUAAUAUGCGCCGAUGCUCACAUUGUGUUCUCAUCUCAGCUAAGACCCGAUAGGCCGUAUACAAAUAUAUGUUUGCAUGUCAUUUAAGGCGUAGCUUAACUUAGAACAGCCCAGACUUGAAAUGCAGCGAAUUACCUCCAAGAAACAUUUGCCUACGAUGUUUCAUUUGAAGCUUUUGAAUGCGCUGACGUCAUUUAGACCGGCAAGUCUGUUUUUCGCUUGCGUAGUUGAUGAUAUUGCAUCAUUUUCUAUCCGUUAUCUGUGUAAGGAUAAUUUUAGUGUGGAAGGGCGAAAACAAUUUUCAAACGAUAGUGUAGAAGCGAAGUUUUCGAUACGAUUUCGGUGAGAUAAAAACGAUAUGUUUAACGAGCUUUAGCGGAUAAUAUGAAAGAUAUGAGUGAAUCAUCUUGAACCAUUGUUUACAAAGAAAUUAUAGUUCAAUUUUACUGACGAUUCGGACCCUAAAAGUAACGGAUAAUGAAGAUGAUAAGUCAUGGGCUUAUUCAAUUUGUAACGUAAAUAGUUAUUUGGGUAAUAUGGAAACGUUUUGGUCAAGAAAGAUAACGCUUACGACAGACCUUUUAGUGACGUCAUUAAAAUAGAAAUCAUUCAAGUCAAGGUAUCUCUCAAGCGCUUGCGCAAAUAAAUUAUAUGGAUCAACCUUUA